AUGGGCAAAUCGCUCGAUACGGAGAAGCUGGGUUCGGUAUUUGGAACCCGGCCAGAUAUUCUUGAAGGGAUUCAGAGAGCAGCUGAUACACCUGGUCGAAUCGCUUUGUUCAACGAAAUUGCAACUCAUGUUUAUGAUCAGUUGUUAAAUGGAGGAAGCGAGCCUGCACAUAAGAAGAGAAGAGUUGAUGUUCAAACAAACGGAGCGGCGAAUGGUGCAAAGACUGUCAAGACCGAAACGAAUGCCGCAGACGAGACUGUCCUUCUCGAAAUCAAGGAGAUUUCAGUUUCCGUGCCCCAGAGGAAGAAGUUUGAGUUGUGUUUUACCGACGGCCACAUCUACGCUCGCGCGCCAAACACAACAGCACCGAUUCCAGCUAUAACCUACGCGUGGUCUGACAUUGAAUAUGUAUUCUACCUCCCCGUACCCGAAAAGAACCAGGUCCAGCACAACUAUGUCAUUUUCCCACGAGGAACAUGUCUCCCUUCCAAGACGAACCCCCCGACCGAAGAGCCACUCGUGUUUACGGUUCCCGCGACUCCGCCCAAGCAGGGUACGAUAGGUGGACCUGACGCUGGAAGCGCGGCUGCAGUUUCGGACAACUACAAGUCUUUGUUCCACUGGGCUCUGAACCGUCAUCUCAAGCCUAAUGGUGUCAGCAUUACUUCAGCCGACCCCAACAAAUUCCAGAGCAUGGUUCGACAACCCCAUCGACCAAGCGAGAAGGCCGUGCAUGUCAAGGCCUUCAGGGGCUCCAAGGAUGGAUACCUUUUCUUCCUCGAGAACGGCAUUCUCUGGGGUUUCAAGAAGCCAAUGAUGUUUAUCCCCUUGAGCAGAAUCGCCGCUACAAGCUACACCAACAUUCUCCAACGAACAUUCAACAUCGCAAUCGAGGUCUUUGCGGGCGAAGGUGAUGCGACCGAAGAAGCUGAGUUCUCCAUGCUGGAUCAGGAGGACUAUAGCGGAAUCGACGAUUACAUCAAGAAGCACCGUCUCCAAGAUCGCAGUAUGGCCGAGCAGCGAAAAGCCAAACUAGAGCUCGCAGAGAACCGCGGACCCAAGAAGAACGGCGAAGAGGCUGGAGACGACGCACCAGCUGCAACUGGCAUUUCUGAACUUGCAAAGGCGCAGCUGGACGCUGAGCAAGCGCUACAAGAUGAAGAAGACGAGGAUGAGGAGGACUACGAUCCUGGAAGCGAUGCGGACUCUGAUGGUUCAGGAGAGUCCGAUGAUGAUGACGAUGACAGUGGUGACGAUGAAGACGAGGACGAGGAGGAUGAAGAAGGAGAAGCCGAAGAUGCCGAUGAACAAGCUGAGGGCGAGGAGGAAGAAGAACAGCAAGAAGAGGUUAAGCAGGAGCCAAAGCCGGUUAAAAGAAGCCGAAAAGCUGCCCCUCAGCCAACAGAAUCUGUACCACCACCACCAAAGCCCUCUAAGCAACCCGUUCAGCAGCCCGUCGUGAAGACAGGCUGGGCAGCACUACGAAGUGUUGCUCGAGCGCCAGCCCCUGAAAGCAUGGACUUGGACGAGGAGAAGUUUGAUGUUGUCUAA